CAGUCUAUAGCGCGUUUUCAUGGGAAGAUGAACACGCCUUUCCAGCAGAGUAAAGCGUGAUUACACCAAGGACCGGUUCCGUCACCCUUUCCCCCGCCAGGUCCAAGUCCCUAGACGUCGGAGAAGGGGUUGGGCCGCGCAGCCGGGCCUCUGAAGUUGCCGAGAGCCCCAGGCAAAUGCGGGCAGCCAGUGGCUACGCAGUCUCUUAGCGACAGGGCGGCGGCAGGGCACACACACCGCCCAAGCCCGGGCGGCGGCUGCGGAGCUAGGGCCACCAUGGCGGACAGCAGGCGACGGCUCGGGCCAGGGCUGUUGGCCCCGGUGCCUAAGGGCGUGAACUGCAGAUCCCGGUACAAAGAGAAUCUACCUUGCAGGAGUUUCACAAAGCAUAAGAAUGGGCUGAAGUUCCCCACCUCCCUGAACAGCCGGCAGUGGGUAUUUCUAAGAAAGGGGCUGGAUGACUUCAAGAAGGGCUGUCCCCCUUGCACUGGUCUGGCCACUCAGUUCCCUGAGGAGGGCUUUCUGCCCCGGAUUUACCACAGAGCUCCCCAACUGGACCCAAAGAAGAGGCAGAUCAAGCUGCCCAAGGAAGCAGACCUGCUUUCCAAGCUCUUACCAGCCCAGCAGGCUCGGAAGGCAUUCCUGGAGGAUGUGGAGGCCCGCCUGACCCCACAUCCCUUGGCGCUCCACCCAAAUCUGGAAGAAGCUAUGCCUGUAGAGCUCUUAUUAAGCGUGCUGGAAGUGCUCGAUCUUGACCAGAAGCUGAAGGACACUUGGGCUUAUUGUCAGGGUGCCAGGAAGGGAAUGAAGGAAUCCACAAAACUUUUAAAACAAUGUUCUACCCAAGUCUACCUGGGACCUUCCAAGAAGACUUCUGUGUCAAAUUCAGACCAAUGGCUUUAUGAAGAAAAUCCACAUAAAGUGGAUUUGCCCCAUGAAAAUAGUCUUCGUCUUCAUGAAAAUGUACGCAAAGCAGUUAGUGACUUCUGCUGCUGGGUGACUACUUUUGGAAGUUCUGCCAUUGAUGAAGAGUUCAUCUUGAAACAGUUUGACGUUGACUAUCAGACCAAACCAAGCCAUGAUGCGCUCCACAUGGUGAGGCUAAAUCAGGUUCCUGUGGAGCUAAAGCAUAGUAUGGGGCUCAGUAAACCACAGGAGCCAGAGUUCUUCCAGAAACCAGGGUACGAGAGGAAACUCCAGAAACCACAGAAUCUUUGUAACCCAACGUGGGUGAAGAUGAGGUAUAGAGCAUGGUCUUUGAACCCCAAGUUGUGGAAAAAGCAAAGAGCCGACGAGCCUCUGGUUGACCCUGAGGUCCCACAUAAAGCUCAAGAGGAGAAUUUUAAAAAGAAGCUGGAGGAACAGGAACAGGGUGCAGAAGCAGAACUUGAAAGUAGACAUGGAGCGUGACCACUGAAGCACAGCACCACAUAGAGACAAUUAAGCCCCUGGACGUCUGUGAGUGUCCCUGACAGCUGUCAGGCUUACCACAAGAGCUUGGGAAAGUGGAGUUUUCUCCUUACUCCCCUGAGGAAGGAGACGUCUCUGCCAUCUUGAAUGUGUCCUUCCCUAGCUGGCUAAACAGCAGGCGUUUUCACAGUACCUGUCAUGAUCUCCUCUCAGUAAUCUGUAUGCUGAACUGACUACUCUGUAAAUUUGGUCACUGAUAACACAACCUUAGUGGAGAAAGAGACAAGGGAAGAAGAAGAAACUCUUUAAAAAAUGGCAUAUACAUGACAUGGCAAGAAAGAAAAUGCAACAGUAUUCAUUUCUAAAAUAGAUGCAACAGUAUUCAUUUCUACAACCAUCAAGAGGUCAUAGUUGCUAUAUAUAAUUUCCCUACUUCCCAUUUCACAUUCUUUUCACCUUUGGCCAGUCCCUUAGCUGCUAGGAAUUAUUGACUCAAGAAAGUGACCUAAACCUUUAUUUGUAAAGGGCCUGAGCCUUGGUGGUCCUGAGCAGCCAGGACAUUUUUAUUAGUAGACAUGACAACACUAGGUGGAAAUCCAAGGGAUCCUUUGAUUUCCAUGACUCUACUGUAAAUCAGUUUUCACUUGUUAUUGAUGAUUCAUAUAGUUCUCUCUUUUUCUUGUUCCUCAGCGAUUGUGAGGAGCCCAUACAAUGAUCAGGUGGCAUUCUCAGAUUCUAAUUCAUUGAAACUAUUAUUUUUUUUUUCUACUGAUAGACACCUUGUCUCAAGCUUUUAAAUCACCAGCUAAGAAGUAACAAUUUUGCAAGUGGUUCUGAAGGAAGUACUCCUCCUGAUGCCCUACCCAUGUAUGCUGGAUAUGGAGAAACAGCAUAUGUGGUUGCUGGUGCAGAAUAAAUACUGCUGUUUGAAAGGUAUUGUCUCCAAGUUGAAGCUGUAAAUGAGUCUUUACUAUACUGUCUAUGAGGCCAGACACUUUCAGGUGAUGGAGGACACCACAGAAGCAGUCAGCCCAAUAUGACAGCCCAUUGUCUUGUUACUUUUGGUGUAAAAUUAGUUUCUUAGUGAGAACCAAUGUUGAGUGAAAUACCAUGGUAACUGUUCAGUAAGUCUAUGAAUGUUGAUGUGGGCAGAAAUUUGCUGGGCAGGGUCAGCAAAUCCCAAUCCAGAAUAAGUUAGUAUUCCAGUAAAGAUAAAUUCCUGCCCCUUUUAUGAUGAUGAAAGAAGUCUGGAACAUUCUUUGAAUCCACUCACUCAGUGACCAUUAUGACUCCCUUUAGCUUGCCCUCUUACUGUACAGGAUGGAAAAUUAAUGGCUGCAUUUCCCAUACUCCCUUAAAGUUUCAACUCAUUAAAGUGCCCACAUGUUUGGAAGUCCAAGGGAGCACCAGGGGGAGAGCUGAUCCUCUGCAAGCCAGUCUGGCUUUCAGAUGCUGAGCAACAGAGGCUAUUAGUGGUGGUCUGGAGAGAAGCCACUUCUUUACCCAGGCACAUUGUUUCUGGCUUUGUUCCAUUCAAACCUAAUUCACAUCAGGGACUUAAGUUUAGUUUUAUUUCUUGGACAAAUAAGUAUUCAUCAGAAGCAGUGGCCAGAUCAGGUUUGAUGAGGGAAAUCCAAGUUGCUGAACCCCCACAUAGCCUCUGUUUCUGCCAUGAGGCCUACUUUGCUCACUGGGCAGCACUGGAGUGUCUGCAGAAAGGAGAGUGUUGGCAUGCAAGGGCCGGGUCAACCUCUUCUCUUGACUAUUGAGCACCUACCUCCUCUCCAGUGGAGGCCUUUGGGUGGCAUUCACAAAGAACCUAAUAUCCUCAUACUCUCAAUUCAUUCUCAGAGAUCCCGUAGAUACCUCCUCCUCCAAACAUCCUUGUCACCAGACUUGCAGUCUUUAUCCUUUCAUGUGUUGGCUGUUGAGCUAAACUGUCAGCUACUGAGCAUUAAUUGGUGAUAUUUGCACCUAACACCAUUUCUCCUUUCAGACAAAGUGGUUAGCAGGAUGAAAUGCUUAAAAUUCUGUUUCUGAAAGAUUCCCCUUUGUGGAUCUUCAGGGUCACCUUCAAAUUGGGCUAUAAUGUUGCUGUCGUCCACUUGUGGCUGGUGCUGUCAUUUUGUCAUAGGAGUCAGAACACCAUGCAAUUUAUUGUGUCUUCAAUUUCUGCUUAAGCCCACUCUUAUAUAGGAAAUUUCCAUUUGAUCAUAAGAAGUGAUACAAUGUGGUAACUUAAUAUGUGUACUUUGAAGCCAAAGAUCCUGGGUUCUAACCAAGUCCUGCCACUUAUUAGCCAAAUGGCUAUGGUCAGAUUGCUUUUACCCUCUCUCUGCUUUAAUUUUCUCAGCCAAAAUAGGGAUGAUUAUAAUAAUAGUACUAUUUCCCAGAAAUGUGGUGAGGAUUAAAGGAAAUGUUAUGAGUAAAGCACUUAGAGCAGAGCUUGGCACAUUGUGCACACACACUAAAUGUUAGCUGACUUUACAGCGUGGUGGACCAGAUAGCCUCCUUAUGAUGGGCACUAGCCGUGGGAUCACGCUGCCGUAUUUACCAGUGAUAAGGAACAAGCCAACAUCUGUUUCUGAAAAGGAGAAACGUUGUAUGCCACAGAAUCCAUGGCUUGGCUGCAAAACCCUGAGAACCUGUUCUUUUAUUCUUCUUUCUGGAUGUUCCAAAGCUCCAUCAGCAGCCCUGUCUGCCACAGGUGUUUCAAGAACAUUGGAUCCGCUGGAUUAGAAGACAGGGCUUCCUGGAUCAGCGAGAAAGCCUACUCUUGCUUCAGGCUGCACUCAAAAUUGGCAACCUCUCAGAUUAUUUUUUAAAAAUGAGCUGAAAUAGCAUGUCUAAAUCAGGUCUCCAAAAUUCAAAGACGAGUGCAAGCAGCACACGAUUACAGAAUAUUUCCAACACCCAGAUAUAAUACAUAUACAUAAUCUGAGCAGCAUAGAAAAUAAUGAAAAGUUAUCAAGUAACUAGGAAGUGAUGACUUUGUAAUUAUCUUUGCUUUUCACACCAUUUAUUUAACUGUAAGUAUAUAUAAUUUGUUUUAAUAAUGGUUGUGUUUAGCAGUCAGCUCACCAAAGUUUGGAAAAUUUGUCAGUUGACCUUUGUGAGUUGGUACAACCUGUCUGUAGCACGUUACUGACUGUAGAAUUCAAGGCAAUGAGGACUGUUAGGGGCAAAGAAUGAAGAGAAUUGGUUUCCCCUACCACCAGUAAGGUCACUCCCACAAAGAAUAACAUUACAGAGUCUUCAUGAAAGAUGGAAAAAGAUUCAUCAUGAAGAAGAGUAGCCAUCUGAUGAGGAAGGCUGCAUUAAUUCAGGUGUGCCAAGAAGCAGAUGGCAAGAUGGGAAUAGAUGUUCAUGAGCUUUACUGAGGGAAGAAAUGGGAAAAGACAGAGAGCCUUUGGACUAUGAUGCCUUUCUUAUCUCUGUGGAAGGAAAAAGGGAAGGAAGGAGGAUGGAUAUAAGAAUAAUCUUGGACUGCAGCACAAUUCAAAUAAAGGUUUUGCCAGCCCAGUGGAAAGUCCUAAAGUUGAAGUUACAUAGAGGAGGAGUCUCACAUCUUGCCGGAAUGGGACUACCUUGGUGCUUCUGGCAUGCUCAGUCAUUGGCUAGGGAUAGCCCAUGAGAUGGCCUCAGUGUGAGGGUGGAGGAUCCAGGGAGGGAGCAGUUUGGUCCACUAGCCAAUGAUGCUCUCUGCAGCAGAUGAUCCGAGCAGCAUAUUUUCAUAGGGUUGAGAGUUUUAGGUACUUGGAGCUGACUACAUUUUCCCAUAUGUUCCCAUUUCAGGAUUCAGGGUCUCACUUUUUCCAAUGUUCUGUCUUCACAUAAGUUAUCCUACAAAGCUGUGAAUUCAAAUGAUAUCUUAACUCGGCAAACUAAACAGUCAAUUAUCUCUCUCUCUCCCAGUUCAACAUGAUAUUUGACUUCAACAUGAAACUCUCCCAGUUUCAAGACAUGAUAUUUCUUUAGCAAAUUCCAAAGAGCUUCUGAUUUGGGGAUUUGUUUUUGUUUUAAAAUAUGUCCACAAAUUAUUUGAUACUUUUUUUUUUUUUUUUAAGAUGGGGUUUCACCAUGUUGGUCAGGCUGGUCUUGAACUCCCGAACUCAGGUGAUCCGCCGACCUUGGCCUCCAAAGUGCUUGGAUUACAGGUGUAAGCCACUAUGCCCGGCCUUAUUUGAUACUCUUUCAAAAUGUGGUGUCUAAUUCCCCUUCACUUGAGUGUGGGCUGUAGUUAGUGACUUGCUUCUAAUAAAGACAAUGUGGGAAAGGCAAUGCUGCGUGAUUUCUGAGACCCAAUCAUAUAUUAUUAGGUGAAAUUGUGGCUUCCUCCUUGUUCUCACUUGGAUCAUCUGCUCUGGGAGUGUCUAGCUGCCAUGUUGUGAGGAUACUAAAGUUGUCUAUGGAGAGGCUUACAUAGCAAGGAAGAGGCUCACUGCUGGGCACAGUGGCUCACACCUGUAACCCCAGCAUUUUGGGGGGCCAAGGUAGGUGGAUGACAAGGUCAAGAGAUUGACACCAUCCUGGCCAACAUGGUGAAACCCUGUCUCUACUAAAAAUACAAAAAUUAGCUGGGUGUGGUGGUGCACACCUGCAGUCCCAGCUAUUCAGGAGGCUGAGGCAGGAGAAUUACUUGAACCUGGGAGGCGGAGGUUGCAGUGAGCCGUGAUCACGCCACUUCAUUUCAGCCUGGUGACAGAACAAGACUCUGUCUCAGAAAAAAAAAAAAAAACCUUAGCCACAUGGAAUGUAGAAAAGGCAUCUGAUGAGCUGGGUGAUCUAACAAAG